GAUUCGUCGUAUUUUCGUUUCGUUUUGUCUUUUGUGAGUGUUUGGAUUGGGGCAUGUGUGCGUCGUUUUUGAACGUUUAGCAACGAUUUGAGGAUUUUUUUCAUUUAGAAUUAAAUUUGUGCUUUAAAUUCAGAUUACAUGGUCAUAUAGAACGUCUUAUAACUUUGUUUGAAAGAUGGAUGCUGAUUUGUAUGAUGAGUUUGGUAACUACAUAGGUCCGGAAUUGGAAUCUGACGAGGAAGAAGAAGAGGAUGUUCCAGACCGCGAUCAUGAUAUGCAAGAUUAUGAUGAUGAGGGUGGAGACGACGCCAUGGUGAUGGGCGGAGUGGGGGGCAUGGACGAUGGCGGGGAGGGUGGUGGAGGGGGAAUGGCGACGACAGCAGUGGUGCUGCAUGAGGACAAGCGCUACUACCCGGCCGCCCUGGAGGUGUUCGGCCCCGAUGUGGAGACCAUAGUGCAGGAAGAGGAUGCCCAGCCGCUCACUGUGCCACUGGUCGCCCCUGUCAAGAAGACGCGGUUCCAGAUCAACGAACAGGCGCUGCCGAAAACGACUUACAACGUGGAGUACCUGGCGGACAUGAUGGACACGCCGGACCUAGUACGGAACGUAGCCCUGGUGGGCCACCUCCACCACGGCAAGACGACGCUGGCCGACUGCCUGGUCCGCCACACGCACCCCGGACUCAUCGACGCCGCCGAGGAGCGCAACCUCCGCUACACCGACUCCCUCUUCACCGAACAGGAGCGCGGUGUCAGCAUCAAGGCCACCCCGCUCACCCUCCUGCUCAACGAUGUCAAGGGCAAAUCGCAUCUCAUCAACAUUUUCGACACGCCUGGGCAUGUGAAUUUCUCGGAUGAGGUGACAGCAGCAAUGCGCAUGUGCGAUGGUGUCGUCAUAUUCGUGGAUGCCGCUGAGGGUGUCAUGCUCAACACCGAACGUCUCAUCAAACACGCUGUUCAGGAAAAACUAGCGAUCACAGUAUGUGUGAAUAAGAUUGAUAGGCUGAUGCUGGAACUGAAGCUGCCUCCACAAGAUGCUUACUACAAAAUUCGACACAUCAUCGAUGAAAUCAACGGUCUUUUGAGCUUAUACUCGGAUGAAGAAACGACGAAGUUUGUGUCGCCCAUCUUGGGCAACGUGUGUUUCGCCUCGCCUCAGUAUGCGGUCUGCUUCACGCUGCGUUCAUUCGCCAACCUCUAUGCCAACACCUAUCCUGACGUGCAAAUCAACGAAUUCGCCCGCCGACUCUGGGGUGACAUCUACUUUAACAGCAAAACGAGACGCUUCAGCAAGAAGCCAGCUCACGGCAGCGCGCAACGCAGCUUCGUGGAGUUUGUGCUAGAGCCGCUGUACAAGCUGUUCGCCCAGGUGGUGGGUGACGUCGACUCCACCCUCCCCGCCGUCCUCGACGAGCUGGGUGUGCGUCUCUCCAAGGACGAGGCCAAGAUCAACAUACGUCCGCUGCUGCGACUCGUCUGCGGACGCUUUCUCGACGACUUCAGCGGAUUUGUUGACAUGUGCGUUCACCACAUUCCCUCGCCUGUCAACAAUGCCAGAACUAAGGUUGAACACAUUUAUACCGGACCAACUGAUACUCAGCUAGCUGAAGACAUGAUCAAUUGCGACCCAGAUGGUCGGCUGAUGGUGCACAGCACCAAGAUGUACCCGACGGACGACUGCACGUUCUUCCAGGUGUGCGGCCGCGUGAUGAGUGGCACACUGCACGCCUCGCAGGAGGUGCGUGUGCUCGGAGAAAACUACACGCUAGCUGACGAGGAGGACUCACGCAUACUCACUGUCGGCCGGCUCUGGAUCUACGAGGCACGAUACAAAAUAGAGGUAAACCGAGUGCCGGCUGGCAAUUGGGUGCUGAUCGAAGGAAUCGACCAACCCAUUGUCAAAACCUCAACCAUCACGGAUCUCAUCACAAACGAAGACAUCUACAUAUUCAGGCCGCUCAAGUUCAAUACGCAAUCUGUCAUCAAAAUUGCUGUGGAGCCAGUGAACCCGAGCGAACUGCCGAAGAUGUUGGACGGUCUGCGAAAGGUGAACAAGUCCUAUCCACUGCUGGGGACACGUGUCGAGGAGUCGGGCGAACACGUGGUUCUCGGCACCGGAGAGCUCUACCUCGACUGUGUCAUGCAUGACCUGCGCAAGAUGUACUCCGAAAUUGACAUCAAAGUAGCGGACCCUGUGGUUUCAUUUUGUGAAACAGUGGUUGAAACUUCAUCAUUGAAAUGUUUCGCAGAAACACCAAACAAGAGGAAUAAAAUCACAAUGAUUGCUGAGCCAUUAGAAAAAGGUCUUGCAGAGGAUAUUGAAAACCAAGUUGUACAUAUUUCUUGGAACAAGAAACGAUUGGGAGAGUUUUUCCAAACGAAAUAUGACUGGGAUUUGUUGGCUGCUCGUUCGAUUUGGGCUUUCGGACCAGACACAGCCGGACCCAACAUCUUGGUUGACGACACCCUGCCUUCUGAAGUCGACAAAUCAUUGCUUGGAUCCGUCAAAGAUUCAAUUGUUCAGGGAUUCCAGUGGGGAACUAGAGAAGGACCGUUAUGUGAAGAGCCAAUCCGAAAUGUCAAGUUCAAGAUUCUAGAUGCCGUGAUUGCUCAAGAGCCUCUACAUAGGGGUGGAGGUCAAAUGAUCCCGACGGCGCGCCGCGUGGCGUACUCAGCGUUCCUGAUGGCGACGCCGCGGCUGAUGGAGCCCUACCUGUUUGUGGAGACGCAGGCGCCGGCCGACUGCGUGUCAGCUGUCUACACGGUGCUGGCCAAGCGGCGCGGUCACGUGACCCAGGACACACCCGUGCCCGGCUCGCCGCUCUACACCAUCAAGGCCUUCAUCCCCGCCGUCGACUCGUUCGGCUUCGAAACUGAUCUGCGCACGCACACCCAGGGCCAGGCCUUCUGUCUGUCCGUCUUCCAUCACUGGCAGAUUGUGCCGGGUGAUCCCCUGGAUAAGAGUAUAGUGAUCAGACCCCUGGAGCCGCAGCCCGCCACCCACUUGGCGCGUGAAUUCAUGAUCAAGACGCGGCGCCGCAAAGGCCUCAGCGAAGAUGUCUCCAUCAACAAGUUCUUCGACGAUCCUAUGUUGUUGGAGUUGGCCAGACAAGAUGUCAUGCUUAACUAUCCGCUCUAAUUUCGCUGCUUUUUGUCUGCCAAUUGAUAAUAAAUAUAUUACCCACGAACACUUGUGGUCAAUCAGUUGAAGGUGGUCGAAUGUUUCACUGAAUAAUCUCACUCGAAAAUGUUUUAAUUUUCUGACAAGUGUGAACUAAUCAACAGAUUAUUUUGGUUGAGUUCCAUUUUGGUUGUGCAGUAUUACAACUUGUUUGCUGGCUGAUUGUAAGGGAUAAAAAGUAUGUAUCAAAGUGUAUGAGAAUAAAAUAUGUGUUUUUGAGAUCUAUAAUCUUUGCAUUUCCGUUUCAAUGAUUUGUACGAUAAUAACAUCAUUAUUGAACAGUCGUUGAACGAAGAUUGUAGAUAAUUGUAAAUAAUUCACUGCAUGUAUUACAUGAUUAAAACAACUUUUUGUAUCUGUUAUAGAUUUAUCUCUAUUUUCUCUUCAAUAAAGCAAUAUUAAUAAAUCAA